UGGCCGGGGCCGGGGCCCCGGCGUGCGGCGCUGGCUCUUAUGUAAGCCCCGCCGGCGAGCGGGCGGCCCUGGAGCAUGGUCCGCGGGAGCGGGCGGAGGCUCGGCAGCGCGCUGGCGUUCCUGGGGGCAGCGGCCGGCUCCCGAGCGGGUGCAACACGGCCAGGAGCUGGCUUUCUCCAUGCUGACUCUGAUCUGAGAAAGUCUAAGAUAGUCACACAGACCAACAUGAAGGUGGAGCUGCUUCCGGCCCUUACAGACAACUACAUGUAUCUCAUCAUCGAUGAGGAAACCAAAGAGGCAGCGAUUGUUGACCCUGUGCAACCUCAGAAGGUUGUGGAAGUGGUCAGAAAGCAUGGUGUGAAGUUGACUACCGUUCUAACCACCCAUCACCAUUGGGAUCAUGCCGGAGGUAAUGAGAAGCUUGUGAAGAUGGAGUCUGGGUUAAGAGUGUAUGGAGGAGACAACCGAGUGGGAGCCUUGACACAGAAAGUGUCUCACUCAACAUCAUUUCAGAUGGGAUCUCUUCAUGUGAAAUGCCUCUAUACGCCAUGUCACACUUCUGGACACAUCUGUUAUUAUGUGACUAAACCAAAUAGUUCUGAGCCUCCUGCUGUCUUUACAGGUGACACACUGUUCGUGGCUGGCUGUGGGAAGUUCUUCGAGGGAACCCCAGAGGAAAUGUACAAAGCACUGAUAGAGAUUUUAGGCCGCCUGGACCCUGAAACGAGAGUUUACUGUGGUCACGAAUACACGAUCAACAACCUAAAAUUUGCCCGUCAUGUUGAACCCAAUAACUCUGCCAUCCAACAAAAACUAGCCUGGGCUAAGGCAAAAUAUGACAGUGGUGAACCAACUAUCCCGUCUACUAUUGCAGAGGAGUUUACAUACAACCCCUUCAUGCGAGUCAGAGAGAAGACAGUCCAGCAGCAUGCUGGGGAAACUGAUCCCAUUCGAACAAUGGGAGCCAUCAGAAAAGAGAAGGAUAACUUCAGGGUACCAAAAGACUGAGUACUUUGUCUGAAACACUUACCUAUCAGUUUUAUCGUGUUUUAGGAACUAGAAGUUUCAUUGUUCUGUUGUGGUGGAGACACGUUCACAGUUAGGUUUUUUUAACUGUCUUAAGUGGGGUGGGGAUAAAAGGCACUUUGCUCUUGUUAAGAUGUUCUAUGGCUUAUUUAUAAGAUGUUAAAGAGUAUUUAUUCCUGGCUUUCAAACUGUCAGAUGCAGUGAGGUUUUGCAUGAAACCUUACAAAUGUUCAGUAUGUGGUGGUGGGAGGGGAAGGCACAUUUGAGGGCUUAGUCCUUACCAGGGCAAAACUCAGUUAGCUUUAUAGGAGAUCUGCCUGCAUAUGGACUGCAGGAUUGAGCCAGGAGACUUCCACAAUUAAAGUAAAUUGUGUGGAAUGCAUGUAAACAAAUGGCUGUCUAACGAAUUCUUUUGCAACUUAUGAAAUUAACCUUUCUGAUUCUGUCACUUUAAGAUCUGCUACAUUCAUUCGUCAUAAUGCAGUGCUCACUUUGCCACCAGCAAUUAAGGGUCUAAUUCAUUAAAUAUGCUUCCCAACUUGCUUGCUAUCUGGAUACAUCUGGCUGUAGAAAUAAGACUGUCCAAGCUUGCAUUAGAGUGUAGUUCCCCCUCCCUCCCCUUCUACCCACACCUUUCCUUCUGCAUCUUAGAGAUCAAUAAUUUCUAAAGACAGCAUGUUUUUCAAACUGAUGGGCCAUGAUGUUGCUUAUACCCUUCAAGUAUGAGAACAGCUGCGUAUUAACAGCUUAAAAAGCAGUUUGCAUGUACCCACUGACUCCCCUCUGAAGUCUACUAUGAAUAGUGCCUGUAACAACACCAAGCCUUAGGUAGGGACUCGGCCGGUAGGCCAUUAUGAUCCUAAAGAGAACUAACUUGGUUUAGUGAGUAAAUGCAUGUCCUACAAGUUUGAGUAGAUAUUAAAUUAGGCCGUAGAUAUAACCUUUCCUACCAUUGUGCCAUCAGGAUAGCUUCUUUAUGCUGUAAAUGCUACUUUAAUCUAGCAGGAUUAGCCCAACUGACCCCUCUGGCAAAAAAAAUUCAAGAGUUCUGGUUACUGUUGUGCCCAAGAUCAUCAAGGUACCAGCUGUUUUGGAACAGAGGCUACCCUUCAGGGCCUGCCUCAAUAGGAACAGAAACUAGAGUUGCCUGGUUUAACCCCUUAGCUCCUGCAAUCUUAGUCUUCCAGCAGAAGCUUCUUCUAGAGUGCUGUUAAAUGUAAAGAAAUCAAAGCUUGCCCUGGUCGCUCAGCUGCACUGAAGCCUGGUUUCAAGGCAGAUCCAAGGUGUCUUCCAACACAACUUUUGUUCCUUAAGCUUUCCUUUCCUUGCCCUUGUGGCUCAAAGAGCCCUCCCUGGUGUGAACUGCAGGCACAUCUAGAUGAUCGGAGUAGGCAACUUCCUCCCUAGACUGCUGUUCAUUUAAACAGUCUGUUAAUUCUGGUGAACAGAGCACAAGUUUAUGAAAGCAGAUCGACAGCAUGGAAACCCUGCCUCCCUGGGAGAGACCUUGCAUGGCACAGAGGAGGUAAAUUAAGCUUGAUUUUUCCCACCCAUUCUCUGGGUCUUUGUUUUCAUGCUGCUUGUGGUUUGGUACUCUGGACAAAAAGGACCACUUGGUCUCUUUCAGAGCAAAGGAUGGUCUUCCAGAUCUCUCAGUAACUGGGGUGGAGGAGAAUAGGCAGAAUUUUGCCAUGUCACAGAACUGCUGCCGAGAGUUUUCAGUGUCAGUGUUGGAAGAUAGGCUUCAAGUGAGGUGAUGGGGUGUGGGGUGGGAGGGGGACCUAGCAUGGGGUCCGUGCCCCCUUACCAUCUGUGCCAUGAAUCAGUGUUCAUUUCAGCCCCCUUAUUAAAAAGGCUUCCUUUAAAUACAUGGCCAAAGGCACCCUAUUAACACAAGCUGCUCAUUCUGUCCUACUCGGAGCAACUUCCAUAUCUGCAUCUCUGAGCCAGAGCCGGUGUCACUAGAGUCUUCAGAGAACUGUGCUUUAAGGAGGAUAGUUUUCAAAAGUAACUUCCCUCCCUCCCCAAGUGGCUAGGGCAUAGGAGUCCUGGCUCCCCUUUCUGGAGUUUUUCUGACCUUGGUCAGGCCCCUUACCUUCUCUGUCCCUCAAUUUCUGCAUGGUUAAACAAUGCAUGUGCUCUUCAGGAGGCUAGGGCUACUGUGUGUAGGUUUGUAAAGUGCUCAGAGACUCUGGCUUUCAUCCAGGGAUAUCACUAUAAACCUCUUUCGCUCUCCUUCCUCUUUUUUUUUUUUUUUUUUUAAAGAACCAUAAGCCAUGUAAUAGUACCCACAUUUUCAUAUGUGAUAACCUGGAGGGUGAACACUAUCCAAUGUGUGGCUACUGUAGUAUCUAUUUUAAGCUGUGCAGUGGUUACUGCUCAAAUGCAGCAAAGAUGCACAUUGCUAUUAAUACUUUCACUUCCAACACCUGUCACUGUUAUGGUGCAUGUAGCUUAGGAGCGGGGCCUGAGGGGAGGGAAGCCUGCAGAGACAGUUUAUGUAGGAGUUGACUGUGCAGUGUUUUCAUCUUGCUAGUGAGACAUGAUAUGAGCACAAAGUGGUAGAAUACACACUUGAAAAAUUCUGACACCCAUAUCUUAAUGAACUGGGCUCCUAAUUACAUCCUCCUCCUGUGUCUCUUCUGAUUGCACAGUUACAAACUAAAUGUAUGUUUUUCAAUAAAUGAUUCUCAGCUGAAA